AUGGCUUUAAUGGGUGACUGGACGCCAUUAAUGCACGCUGUGAUGAACGACGCACCAGAUGAUGUGUUGGAGGAUAUGAUUGAAACGGCAACUCCAGAUUAUUUAGAACAACAGACGUCUGUUGGUGCCACUAUUCUCCAUUUCUUGGCGGUCAACGCACGCGUGUCAGCAAUGAGACGCGUGUUGGAAAAAACCAACGAGAACAUUAACACGCAAGACAUGUUUGGACGCACACCACUACAUUGCUGUCUAGAGGAGAAGCUGACGCACGAGCAACACAAGGAAGUCGCAAUUCUCAAUAUCACCUUUGGCGCGUCGCUGACAAUAAAAGAUAUGGAUGGAAAGACGCCUCUUGAUGUGUAUGAUGAUAACGAAUGUGAAUACGAAGAAACCACGAAAACCAAGAAAAAGGAGGAGUUGAAAGAACUACUUAAAGAACUAUCAAUUCCGUCAGAGAUUUUAGCCAGGGGUCCCGAAGCCGUCAAAGCAUUCAAAGAUGCGCUUAAAACUGGUGAAAUAACAGUUGUUAAUUCAAGAAUGAUGUUCUUAGGUAAAGAAGGUUCUGGAAAGACAUCUUGUGUCAAAGCCAUGCUUGGGAAAGCAUUUGAUAAAGAAGAGAGGUCAACUGAUGGUAUUGUUACAACUACUGUCUUUCAAACUGAUGGCGAUUACAGCAAAUGGGAGGAGCAGAAUGAUGUGGACGUUUGUGAACAAACUAAGGAGAUACUUGAGUACGGUAUCGCAGCAGACGUUGCAAAGAAGUUGAAACAGCCAAACAGUGAACAAAACAAAUCUAAAUUUGUAUCUGAUGUAGAAAGACCAUCUUCAUCCAGUUCUGUUGCAUCUACAUCUGCUGAGUUACAGUUUCAAUUACCAGAAGCAGUUAGGCCUUUGCCUCCGACUUUGCAAAAGAAAAGCAGAGUAAAAACUGUAGGCCUAUCUCAUGACAAGAUGGGAGUAUCGACCAAUCACCUAAUGAAAUAUGAAAUACGCAAGAAGAUUGUCGAAAAUUUUGCUAACAAGAGUUCGGGACCAAGAGAUAUAACAUGCAUAUGGGACUAUGCCGGUCAGAUGAUUUAUUAUAUAACUCACCGGUUUUUUCUUACAGAUAGGUCAUCGUAUGGAGUUGUUUUCAGUUUGGUUGAUGAUUUGAACGAUUUUGUAAAACCAAGAAAAUUGAACGAAGGAAAGUUUGACAUUACUAAUAUGCAAAUGAUCAUAUUCUGGAUACGGUCAAUUUACGAACACGCUGUACUGCUACAUGGGACAGAGAAAGAACCUGUCAAAGGAAUAGCAUCACCGCCGAUUAGUCUGAUUGGGACGCACAAGGACCUCCUAAUGGAUUGA